AUGGGUUCCGAAUCCGAAGGGAAGAAGAGCAAAAAAGGGCCCCAAAGCCCACAGACGGCAGGCAGCAAGAAGAAUUACCUCCUGCUGCCAUCGCGCUUAAGUGACGACGAUGAAGAUCAACAAAGUGUUGAUGAAUCAUCAUCUACUAGUACAGGUUCAGAUUCUGAUUCAGAUGUCGAAUCUGUGGACGAAGAGGAUGAUGAUUUUUUGCAGCCGGAGAGCAAUAUACCGAUAAUUGACAAAGAAACAAACAGACUUGCAGUUGUUAAUUUGGACUGGAGUCAAGUGAGGGCUGUUGACUUGUACGUUUUGAUGAGUUCCUGUGUUCCAAAAGGAGGACAAGUUGUGUCUGUAACUGUUUAUCCAUCUGAGUUUGGACUUAAGCGCAUGGAGGAGGAGGCUGUACGUGGUCCCGUUGGAUUAUUUGACGAUGAUGAAGAGGAAACUGAUGGAGAUGAUGAUGAGAUUGAUAACACUAAACUACGUGCUUAUGAAUUAAGUAGGCUAAGGUACUAUUAUGCUGUUGUGGAAUGCGAUUCAAUUGCUACAGCAGAUUACAUUUACAAAACUUGUGACGGGAUUGAGUUCGAAAGAUCAGCCAAUAAGUUGGAUCUGAGAUUUAUUCCAGACUCUAUGGAGUUUAAGCAUCAGCCUCGUGAUACUGCUACUGAGGCACCAGCUGAUUACGAAGGUAUAGAUUUUCAAACUCGAGCACUGCAACACAGUAACAUUCAUCUCACAUGGGAUGAAGAUGAACCUCAGCGUGUAAAGACCAUGAAGAGAAAACUCAAUGAUGGACAGCUUGCUGAGUUGGAAAUGAAAGAGUUUUUGGCCUCUGAUGAGAGUGAAUCCGACGAAGAAGAUAAUGUUGAUAACACAGAAGAAAAAUCUCUGAAAAAAUGCAGCAAACGAGAUAAGUACCGCGCUCUGGUCCAAUCAGGUGACGGCUCAGACGAAGAUAACGAAUAUGAUAGUGAUCAACAGGACAUGGAAGUUACUUUCAACACCGACUUAGAAGACAUAAGCAAACGUAUAUUAGAAAAGAAGAACAAAGAAGCAGAGACUGUGUGGGAGUCUUAUCUCCGAAAGAGAAAGGAGAAAAAGAAAGCAUCGAAAAAAGGGUCCAAGUAUUCUUCAUCAGAGGAUGAAGGUAUUGAUCGUACUGAACGAGAACAAGUUGAUGAUUUCUUUGUUGAAGAUGAGCCUUCGGCUAUUGGGAGUACUAAAAAAAGGAAGGCUGGUCAAGAAACAGCAGAAGAAGCCGAAGAAGCCGAAGAAGCAAGCAGAGCAGAACUUGAGCUUUUAACUGCUGACGACAAUGGAGGAGAGGCCAACUUAAAGGGCUACAAUUUGAAACCUAAGAAGAUCAAAGGAAAGAAAGGGAAGGGAGUUCAAGAUGAGGCGAAAAUACCGAGUUUCGAGGUUGAAGAUCCGCGUUUUUCAGCUAUAUUGACAUCUAGCCACUUCUCUAUCGAUCCAACUGACCCACAAUACAAAAGGAGUGCAACUUAUGUUCGGCAAGUUGCACAAAAGCAGAAGAUUGGGGACAAGAAAAACUCAGAACAAACGGAUCACUUUGAGAUUCCCGACGAGGCUUCAAUGCACAAACACGACAAGGUAAUAUCUGAGGAAUCCACUAAAAGACAAGAAAAGAAUGAGUUAUCUUCACUAGUCAAGUCAAUCAAAAUGAAGUCGAGUAAAUUAUCUUUAGCCUCUCAAGCUAAAGUACCUCAGAAACGCACAAAUUUGCAGUUCAAUGCAAAGAGACAAAAAAAGUAGGUAAAAAAUUGAUGCAGACUGUGUGCUGCAUCGUGUCACCAAAACAAGAGGUUGAGGAUGCAAGAAAAAAACGGAUAUUUAUUGGAUUAAGGUUUUUGGCAAAGAUGAUGAAUUGUUUUUGUACGAGAUAGGACUUGCCCGUUUUUUACUGUUGUUUCGAGAAUUUCUCAGUUUUGAUAUUGAAGUUCAUUUUUCUUAAUGUCACAUUAUUUCAUUGUGAUUCUACAAAGUUUGAAUAUGUUGUAUUGCAUGGAUGGAUACUACUUGGCAUAAC